AUGAGGAAGUUCGUGGAGGGCGUUUCUGGCAAUCUGGAGAUCACAGCACAGCCAGGCUUCAGCAAGCCGGCUGCACAAACAAAGCCAAAGCCUUCAGAAGCGCGGCGGCCCUCACUGCCCUUCGAGCCUGCUGCACGCAGCACCAAAACUGCCGGCAAGGCCCUUGGGGGACUUGGAGGAGUGGACUUGGCCGCGGCCCCGGCGCCGGGCCAACCGACGAAGCUGCGCACGGGCACGAGUGCGGUGCUGCUUCACUACGACAAGCCUUCUGGUCUGCUGUUUCAGAUGCCGUCUUCCCAUGGCCGCGACAUGGCCUUCACCGCCACAGAGAUCGGAACCACCCUGGAAUGGGCGCGAAGAAAUCCACGGCGGGCCGGGCAGGUUGCCUUUAGCCUGGACCCCGUGGAUCCGAAGCGCUGGCAGGAGCGCGGGGACUCUGUUGACGGCCUCUUUCAGCGGAAGUGGUACUCCGACACAACCUUGCGGGAAAUGCCCCUGGGUUAUUGGAUGUGGCGGGCGGACUGGAAGCUGAAGCAGCUUUCUCAAGGUAUGUUCUACGAUGAUGCCACAGGCCGCAGACGUGCUCUGAGACGUGGAGAAGACGUUCCGGCCGACUUUCCCGAGGUGUCACUGGUGGGGCCGGGGUUUGAUGUGUUUCCGGUGACGUCCCGAACCUCCUCGUCCCCCGAAGGCAAAUGUCAUGCAGCCAGAGGUGCUUAUGAUCAUGCAGGUUGA